AUGGGAAUUCCUUCGCUAUUACAAAAUUUAAGGUCAAUUGAAUCCUUUACUUCCAUCUCAAAGUAUGCAGGAACCACUGUAGGGAUUGACGCUUAUAGUUGGCUUCAUAAAGGUGCAUCUACUUGUGUUGCGUCUUUAGUCAGAAAUAAAGAAACAAAAAGGCACGUAGAUUUUUGUUUAACGCGCGUUAAAAUGCUGCAAAAGUUUAAGGUUCGACCGUUGUUGGUUUUUGAUGGUGGCUAUUUGCCUGCUAAAGAAUUCACAGAAAAAAAACGCGAAAUGUUAAGACUGGAAUAUCGUAGAUUAGGCGAAGAAUGUAUUAAGAAAGGCAAGGUUUUAGAGGCUAAAGAAUAUUUUUUAAGAAGUUUUGAUAUUACUCCAGAAAUAGCACAUCAACUAAUCUUGGCUUUACGAAAUGCAAAAGUUGAUUAUGUGGUUGCUCCUUAUGAGGCUGAUGCACAGUUGGCAUAUCUAGAAAAAAAGAAGAAAAUAUCAGCUAUUAUUACAGAAGAUUCUGAUCUGCUUGUUUUUGGAUGUAACAAAGUUAUUUACAAGUUGGAUCAAUAUGGAAAUGGUGUAGAAAUCUCUCGAGAUAGAUUUGGAGAUGUUGAAGAACUUAAUUUGCUUGGAUGGACUGAUAAACAAUUUCGACAAAUGGCAAUGUUGGCUGGUUGUGAUUAUUUGCCUUCAAUUGCUGGAAUGGGUAUCAAAAGUGCUUAUAAAUACUUAAGGAUGUACAAAUCUGUAAUAGAUUUCUUGAAACUUGAUGGCAAAUCAGAAAUUCCACCUGAUUAUAUAAAUAAUUUCAAACGGGCAGAAACUGCAUUUUUAUAUCAACGCGUGUUUGACAUCGAUUCCCAAUCCUUGGUUACAUUGAAUCCUAUCCCAGAUCACUUGAAAAAUGAAGUUGAUGCAAAAGAGCUAAACGUUGAAGUGUCUAUAGGUAUUGCAAAUGGCGAAAUUAAUCCAAUCACAAAGGAAUUGAUUGAUUCUACAAAGCAAAUCAAUAAUACAACAACUACAGACUUAAUUGAUAAAGUUGAAGAAUCUGAUAAUGUGAAUACCAAAAAACAUAAAAGAAAUAUUACAGAUAAAAACAUUUUCCCUAAUAAAGAACACAAAAGGAUGCCAAUAGCAAGUCAUAAUAAUCAUCAUAAGCGUCAUGUUAAGCUUAGGUCUGACAAUGACAUGAAUUUAAUGUUGAAUAGAUUCGAUUCAAGGACUAAGAAAAGUUUUUCAUGUUUACAGAUAAAUAAUAUUAUAAAUUCAUCUAAAACAUCAAGCUUGAAUGAAUGUUCACAUUUAAAUAAUCGUUCAAGAAAGAUGAAGUUGGAUAGUGAAAUGAUUUUAACAAAGGUCUAUUCAACAAAUUCAGAUGUACAACAAACCAAGGAACAAAAAUGUUUAUUAUUAUUUCAAGAUAAACUAAAAUCGCAAGAUGAACAUUUGAAACGAAUAACGCAAGGAUGGAUUUCAAAAUAUUCUCGUAAAAAUUUUUAA